UAGAACCGAACAGGUCCACAGAAUUUAGAAAAGCAAUGAUGGAGACAGCAAUGGAAGUUACACUAGGAGUUGUAUAGUAAUAGUAGAGUGGGAGAGAGAGGAAUAUCGAGGGAAACAGAGAGAGAGAGAGGGAGAGGAAGAAGCAAGAAACUUAGUAUAAGAAGAGAAUCCUUCAAUGGUUUUUGGUUUCUUUGGGUAGCCAGGGUCCAGAGAUGAUAGCUGUGUCUGUUUGUUAAUCACUUCUUCAUGCAUGCUGGGGCUCCUGGGUUUUGCUUUCGAUUUCGUUUCAGCCAUCAUGGAGUUGCUGCAAACUUCAGAUGCUGAUGUGGGUCCAAAGAUUUCUGUUGAUUUCAGAUACCAAAUUGACCAAGUGUGUUUUUACAUUCCCAUUCCUCAAGUGUACUGCGUUGUUGAUAGAGUUCAAAGCUUUUCCCAAUGAGUUUGCUUUGAAAGGUUUUGGAAUCCGAUGAUUGUUUUCUUGUAAGUGUUUGAUUCAUUACCGUUCAUUCUUUCAUUCUUUUGGGGCUGGGGAUAUAUUUUUUUCUCAUAUUCUUUUGUUGUUUAUUAAUUCCAUACUCAUAUUUUUCAUAUAGGAACACUCAACAUUUUACAGAAACCUUCUUGUCUUGAUUUUCAUCUGUUGUUAUUCAUCGGAUUCCUAUUCUUUUUAAUUGAUUCUUUAAAAGAAAUUCACACAUUCACAUUAGUCAAUCUCUCCUGAUCUCUGUUUUUAAAUUUGUACACAUACGAAGUUUUCAUCUGAAUACAGAGUCUAUACACUCAAUAAACCAUUUGUUUCAUGUUUUAGGAUUUGUUAUAGAAUCAGAGAGAGAGAGUGAGGAAAAAAAAAAGAAGAAGAAAAUAGGGUGGGUGAAUCACACAAAAAUAUCAGAGAAAAGAAAUUGGAAAGGUCAUAGACGAUGUUGGCUGGGUGUUCUAGUUCUACAUUACUGUCACCUAGGCAUAGAUUAAGGAGUGAAUCACCUGCACAGUUUCAAGCUUGCCAUUUCCAUUUACCUUCAAUGAGCACACAAAGACUGGACUUGCCAUGUACUACUUUCUCUCGUAAAGAAUCCUCGCGGUCACAGCCCAUUAGGCCUGUUGGUGUUGGUCUAUCUGUUGAUAAAUCACUUGAAUCCAAGACCAGCAGUUGCUCUCUCAAGCAGAAUAUCAGGCUCCCUCCAUUAGCAACAAGCACUCAAUCAGUGAAAAAUGAGUUUUGGGAUAAGGGUAAGAGCUUGAAGAGGUUUGCGGAGCAGGGUUCAGUUGAUGAGUCUUGCACUAACAGGGCUAAGAGAAAAAGGGGUAGCAAUGAUAAUGGUAACUCCGGUGAUGUUCAUGAAGGUGGCAAUUUUUGGUUUCAAUCAGGUUUUGAGGUACCAAGAAGCCUAAACCCUCCACAAGUUCCUUUCUCUUUGACAUGUUCAGGAGAUGAGGAGAGGGUCUGUUUUGUGCCCGGUGAGGUAAUUUCGCCGCCUUUGCCACCGUCAAACAAUCCAUGGCUGGACUCUGUUAUAACCGAGAUCACUGGCUUUGGCGAGAAAGAUGCAGAGAGCAGCCAAAGGCGGCCAGUAAAAGAAGCCUCAGGUUCAAGUGCAUCAUCAGAGAGUCAUAGCUUGGGCCUUAGGCUAAGCGAGAAUGUUGUGGAGCACGAAGUGGGUAAUGGCUCUAGGAAUCCUCAUCCACAACAAGGCACUGCUGCGGAAGUUGCAGAGGAGAAUCACCAGGAGUAUCAGGCAUUUGAGCUGGUCAGCUUGCUCACGGCAUGUGUUGAAGCAAUUGGGUCCAAAAAUAUGGCACUGAUCAACCAUUGUAUAGCUAAAUUGGGGGAUCUUGCUUCUCCAAGAGGAUCAGCUUUCAAACGCCUUAGUGCUUACUUCACUGAGGCCUUGGCUCUUAGAGUUACAAGGCUUUGGCCACAUAUAUUUCAUAUCACCACUCCGCGGGAGUUCGACAGAGUUGACGAGGAUUCUGGGACUGCAUUGAGGCUUUUGAAUCAGGUGAGUCCGAUACCCAAGUUUAUUCAUUUCACAGCAAAUGAGAUACUGUUGAGAGCUUUUGAGGGGAAAGAUAGAGUUCACAUUAUAGACUUUGACAUCAAGCAAGGGCUUCAGUGGCCUAGUUUGUUUCAAAGCCUGGCCUCUAGGACUAAUCCUCCUAGCCAUAUUAGAAUCACGGGCAUAGGCGAGUCCAAGCAAGAAUUGAAUGAGACAGGUGAUAGGCUUGCUCGAUUUGCCGAGGCAUUCAACCUGCCUUUCGAGUUCCAUCCUGUUGUGGAUAGGCUAGAAGACGUGAGGCUUUGGAUGCUCCAUGUGAAGGAAGGGGAGUGUGUAGCUAUAAAUUGUAUUUUCCAGAUGCACAAGACACUUUAUGAUGGAAAUGGAGGUGUAUUAAGAGAUUUCUUGGGACUUAUUCGAAGCACAAAUCCGACAGCAGUCCUCAUGGCAGAGCAAGAAGCAGAACACAAUGCUCCUAAUUUGGAAGGAAGAGUGUGCAAUUCUUUAAAGUACUACUCUGCGAUAUUUGACUCAAUUGAUUAUAGCCUUCCGUUAGACAGUCCGGUUAGAUUCAAAAUAGAGGAGAUGUUUGCAAGAGAAAUUAGGAAUAUAGUUGCCUGUGAAGGAAGUGAUAGGCUAGAAAGGCAUGAGAGUUUUGAGAAAUGGAGAAAGUUGAUGGAGCAAGGCGGAUUCCGGUGCACGGGUAUUAGUGAGAGGGAAGUGCUUCAAAGCCAAAUGUUGUUGAAGAUGUAUUCUUGUGAGGAUUACAGGGCUCAACAAGGGCAGGACAAAGCAGCACUUACUCUAAGUUGGUUAGAUCAGCCUCUCUACACAGUGUCUGCAUGGGCUCCUCUAGAUGUUGCAGGAAGCUCAUCUUCUUUUUCUCAGCCAAGUUGAUUGCUGGAGGCUUCUUUUUCUUCAUACAUAGAUAGCAUUAGCAUCAAAUUUCAUUUAUUCUUGCAUCAGAAAGAGACAGCAAAUUCUUUGUAGGUAGCAAAAGCUUUCAUUAUUCUUUCAUUCUUUUGCAGGGCAGAUUUAUUUAUAGGUUUCAGUCCAUAGAAUUUGGAGUCAGUUUAAAGUUUAUUAUUCUUUCAUUCUUUAUGUAUUGAUGAAAUUCUUUGUAGCAGUUUACAUUGUUGAUUUUAUUUGUUGAGAAAGUUUAGUUUAUGAAGCAUGUACUUGAGAAUUGAA